UGAGGAGCAGCGCCGAGGCGAAGCCAUGCGCGCCGGGACCGCCUGCCUGCUGCGACUCACCGCGCUCUGCAUCAUCCUGCUCUCACACGCAGCAGCGGCUUACUUCGGCCUUACAGGUCAGGAGCCCUUGGCUUUUCUGUCGAGUCCGUACAGCAGUGAGGCCCCAGGUGGAAAAGCGCACGUGAAGCAGUGCGAGCAGAUGACUCUGACUCGGCGCCAGAAGCGUGCCUGCCGCCGGGAACCGGGCCUGGCGGAAACGCUGAGGGAGUCGGUGCGCCUCAGCCUUAUGGAGUGCCGCUACCAGUUCCGGAAUGAGCGCUGGAACUGCAGCAUGGACGGCCGGGGGAGCCUCCUGAAGCGAGCUUUCAAGGAGACGGCGUUUCUCCUGGCGGUGUCCUCAGCAGCUCUGUCACACACUCUGGCCAAAGCGUGCAGUUCGGGCCGUAUGGAGCGCUGCACAUGUGACGACACGCCGGGUCUUCAACAGCGCGAAGCCUGGCAGUGGGGAGUGUGCGGAGACAACCUGAAGUACAGCACCAGGUUCCUCAAGAAGUUUCUGGGCCAGAAACGGGUCAGCAAGGAUCUGCGGGCUCAGGUCGAUGCUCAUAAUAUAAACGCCGGCAUCCGGGCUGUAAAGAAUGGGCUGGUGACGACCUGCAAGUGUCAUGGCGUCUCCGGCUCGUGUGCGGUGCGCACGUGCUGGAAGCAGCUCUCUCCGUUUUACGUGACCGGCCAGCUGUUGAAGUAUCGCUACGACACGGCUGUGCGCGUCCUCAGCGUCACCAACGCAGCCACCGGGGACACCGAGCUGGCCGGGCCGGCACGCCGAGGUGACACGGCUCCUCGGCCACACCCCUCCGAGCUGGUGUUUCUAGAAGAGUCGCCCAGCUUCUGCCGCCCGUCUCUGUACUCGGCCGGGACGGCCGGACGCACCUGCACCAAGGACACGAGCUGCAGCAGCCUUUGCUGCGGACGUGGCUACAACACAGCGUUGCACCUCGUCACAAUGUCCUGCAACUGCCAGGUGCGCUGGUGCUGCCACGUCGAGUGCCAGACCUGUGUCCGUGAAGAGGAGGUAUACACGUGCAAGAAGCACAGAGAGAAAUAGAAACGGGAAUAAAGAGAAAGAAAUGGCUCUAAUGGCCUCCCAGACAAGUGUGGGCAAAGUUGGACAGGAUUCCCCCCCAAGGGACGGCUGUCCGAAAUAAGAGUUGUGCUCCUGCUGAAAUGGAAGAGAAAGGAACGUUGUGGGAAUUCCAGGAUUCUCACCCCCCGAGGUUGCUUCAAGCAAGAACAGAGCCACUGAUAAAGGUCUUAACAGGACUGAUCUCUUCCUCUCUGAAUGCACUGAAUUUAUUAUUAUAUUAUUAUUAUUUUUCUUAAUCAAUUUUUACGAACUCAGCUUAGAGGUUCUGUGAUGGAUCUGCUGAACUUUACGAGACCGUCGAUCCAUCCAGACUUAAACCUAUACCAGUCUGUCUGCCUGUCUGCCUUCCUGCCUGCGUUAAACUGCGUUAAAGAAAAAGUAAGAAAAAGGCAAAUAUUCUGCUGAUAUUAUGAAGCACUUAUAUUUGUCAUGUGAUUAUCGCGCAAGUCUUAAGUUUGGUUCGAAUGAAGCAAAUGUAUCUGAAUGUUAAUUGAAACCGACAUAACACAGUAAGUCAUCAGAAAUCCUGGAAGCUCCAACGCUGAUCGAAUGAUGCAACUUAUUAUUAUUAUUAUUAUUAUUAUUAUUAUUAUUAUUGUCCUGGAUCAUAUUCUUACAUUACCAAAAAAGAAAUCGAGCAUUUGAGACCGUCUAUAAUUAUACCUUAAUUUUGUUCCUAAGUGUUCUGAAUUCCUUGAAUACGCAACAAGAGAGAACUCCAGUACAUUAAAAGUGUGUGUGGUCAAGAUUUCCAACAGCUGCUUGAAAUUUGUCAAACAUCUGCACACUUAUUGUAGUGUCUUUAUACUGCACUUCGGCAUCAAGGACAAAUGAGCACCUCGUUUCCAGAACAAAGAUCACCCCCAUCGCGUUGCCUUCAUAAAGCGGCAUCUGAGGCGCUUUCAUGUCUGCCAAGUCUUUGAAAAGACUCAUUCCACCCCCUUGUUAUUUUCUCUAUUACUAAUCAGAGGAAAAUAGCAGCUCUUAAUCUCUCGAAGCCCUGCGUUUCUGUCGGUCUAAAGAAAAGGUCACACACACGGACCACACAGCACGCCUUCUUCGCCUCACAGUUUUGUUGUUUUAUGUUAAAAAUAUGUGAUAAAUCUACAGAUAUUAUGCAAAUCUAUAGCUGAAGUGGUUCUGCAUGAGACCGGACGUUCACUAAGCCCUCGUGUCUUAUUUAUCAUGAAUAUAGACAUUUUAAAGACGUUUUAUGUGGCUAAAUAUUAUCAAACCUACUUGGGCAAAUGUGUGUGCGUGUGUACAUGCACAUGAGUCAGCCA